GGCACUGGGUGCCGCGCUGGACGGCUACCGCAACCACCGGGGUGGGCGCUAACAACGCGCGCAAGGGGAAACUGAGGCUCGGGGAGGGACACUCCUGCGCAAGGCCAAGGGGCCAGGCAGCAGCGCCCCCGGCGGCGGUUGGAGACCUCGAGGCAGAGCAGGGGCUGCGGAGGACAAAGAGAAGAAGAAAAAAGAGAGCAUCUUGGACUUAUCUAAGUACAUCGACAAGACGAUCCGGGUGAAGUUUCAGGGAGGCCGCGAAGCGGCAUCCUGAAAGGGUUCGACCCGCUCCUCAACCUCGUACUUGACGGCACCGUCGAAUACAUGAGAGGUCCGUCCGGGCUGCAGGCCCGCCUCAGCCUGAUGAUUCUCUUCCUUAGUGGGGGCAGCCCCACCGCGCGCGUCCACUGGGAAACCUCGCACCCAGAAGCAGGCCAGACGCCCGGUGCGCGCUGCUUCUCUGCCCGGAGCCUGCUCCUCGCGGGGCCGGCCCCACCCGGCAGGGACCCCGACGACCAGUACAAGCUCACGGAGGACACCCGGCAGCUGGGCCUGGUGGUGUGCAGGGGCACCUCCGUGGUGCUCAUCUGCCCGCAGGACGGCAUGGAGGCCAUCCCCAACCCCUUCAUCCAGCAGCAGGACGCCUAGCAGGCUCGAGGGCCCGGGCCACGGCCCCCCGAGGACUCGGAGCUGCCCCUCCCGCCCUGCGUGCUGCCACAGGAGUGGGAUUUCUUUUUUGUAUAGGUUUUGUUUUGGUUUUUGUAAUAAAACUGCAAACCUCAAGUGUC